GCUCCGAGCAUCCACGACGCCAAAGCAGCCCUAGAGGAUAUCAGCAACUUACUUCGGCCAUGGCGUGCGAGUGGGAAAGGCCACAAAGCAUUCUCGGGCGAUGAUUUGCUGCGGAGAAGGCUCGAGAUGAUGAAGAACAUGUUGUGGCAUUACACCCGCGAUAUCGACCGACAUACCUGGCAGAAAGCAUCCCUUGAUGCAGCACACGCAUUUGAUCAGGGUCGCACGACAGCGGAGACGAUUCGGGGAUACUGCCGUGCAUUCAUCACCGAUCGCACAGACCUGCCGUACAACUCGUAUGGCACAUGGAAUGUGUCAAUCAUGGAUGACGAUGAACUGGCAGCUGAAACUCACCUGCACCUCCAGGGGGUCGGAAAACAUCGGAAAGCAAUGGACAUUGUCCAUUUCUUCCAGUCACCUGAGAUCCAGGACAAGUACGACCUCGAUGGCUGGGCUCCGUCGGUGGCAACUGCGCAACGAUGGAUGGAUCGGAUGGAUUACCGCUGGGGGGUCGGACCAAAGGGUCAAUAUAUCGAUGGCCAUGAACGCGAGGAUGUUGUCACUUACCGGAAAGAUGUCUUCCUCCCCGCGCUUUCGGACAUUGAUGAUUGCCUUCGGGUGUGUAAUGAUGAUGGGACCGAGAUCCCGUAUGCAGGUCCACGUCCUAUGCAUCGGCACCUUGUCAUAUGGUUCCACGAUCGCCGACAUACCUAUUGGGUCCACAAGGACGAGAAGGCAACUCCGCAGCCCAAGGGAGAGGGUGUCUCAUUGAUGGUCGUGGACUUCGUGUCUGCAGACCAUGGGUUUCUCGGCUCAGAUGACGCAGCCAAUUCUGCGCAUGUCUAC